AUGAACAGUGUUGCAGAUCUGCAAUUUGCAAAGCAGAAACUGACGGAGCAAAACCGAAGCCUUCAGAAAGCGAUGGAGAUGUCCGAUGAGGCCAAUUUACAACUGACCGAGGAACUUGCAAAGCUGAAGAACCAGCUGACCAGCUCUCAUCAGACGCUGCGCAGUAUAAGGUCCAUGGCGGAAGAGUUGGAAGAUGUAAAGAGCACAGCAAGGGAAGCACAAGAGAAAGCUUACCACCUGCAGACGUGCUGCAAAGAACUGAAAAAGGAGAAUGAGACUCUGGUUGCCAAAAUGUGUUUACUGUGUGAAGAGAAUGAAAAGGCCAUGAGGGGGAAACGGCAGCUGAAGUAUCGGGUAGACGAACUAUUAACAGUCAACGCAGAGCUCACAAAGCAGAUCCACGAAGCACAGAGCCUGCUGAUUUCAAAAGACGCUCUGAUUUUCGAGAAAACCAUUCUGAACGAAGAACUGAAGGUUUCCAUUUCAGAAAGCUCCAGAGUAAUCGAGGGAUUGCGUACUGAGUUGAGAGGUCACGAGGAAAGAUUUGUCAAGAUUUCUUUACGUAAGUCUGACAGCAGCUGCAAUGCCAAGAAACACAAUUCCGCACUGUCGAGUUUUGUCAAAUGUAAAAUCGGUCUGGGAAAACCCUCAGCUGGAAUCUCUAACGUCUUCCCUGCAUGGCCACGGAGCUCGCUUCAGUCCGAAAUACAAGCAGUUCAGAUAGAGAGUGUCGAAGGGCUGUCCAGCCCUGUUUGUGGACUGCUGCUCAGUGAAGAGCAAGAAGAUCUUUUCCAACAAGCCCUGAGUCACAUUAAAAUUGAGAGGAACAGUACACUCUUCCAGACGACUAUCGAAGAGAUGGUGAACCAAUUAAACGUGCAAGCCGAGGCAUUCAUGUCAUCUCUUCAGAGAGUGGAUUCAGCAUACAGCGGCAGCGAACAGCCGACGGCAAUUAACCUUAAGGAGCUGAAGAAGGAGCUCAAGCAGCUGAUGCUGAGUGUUGUGCAGAAGCUUCAUCGCUUGUCGCCAAUUAAAGAGUCUUGGGAUAAAACAGUCGGCAAACUGGAACAGGCAUGUCUGCAAUGCCACCAGCAGUACCUCAACGCCAAGCACAACCUGACAAACAUGACGAAAGAAUUGGAACUUCAGAAAAGGCUGAAGGUAGAGGUGGAAGAUAAAGCUGCUGAUGCCCAGCGCAGGGCAGAGGAGGCUAAAGAGGUUCUCAGAACCAGCCAGGACCAGCAGGCCAGGAAGAGUAUGGAAGACGCGAAGAAAGUUAAGGACGAGGCAGCCAUCUCGGUGAUAGAGGAGACGGUCAAGGAGUCGGGCGGGAUAGUGGCCGAGACCAAGAAAGAGUCACUGCACUCGGAGUGUGCGUCGCUGGAGGCCAGGCUGAAAGUGGGUGAAGCCGAGAAACUGGCAAGAAGGAUGGAGGAGAGUAUGGCGGCUGCUCCGGAGGGGCCUGAGGGGAGCGCCCAGCCUGGGGACUGGGCCGAUGGGGCGGCGAGACCGACGGCAGAGGCUUGGUGGGCAGGGGAGGAAGGGAGGAAAGAGGAUGGGGCCCCGAUGGAAGAAAUGGAGAGGGUGAAGGAAGGAGCCAGGCAGAACCUGUUGGAGACCAGUGAGAAAGUAAUCGAAAUGGAACACAAAGAUGCUGGGAUGGAACGGAUGGUCAGCUCACCCUAUUGUACGGUGUCUGCGGGCAGAGGUACAGUGGGCGCAACAGAUGAAAGCCUGUUGGGCAAAGCUGCGAGCUCAGAGAGUGGGAAGAAAACCCCAGCGGGAAACGUGGGAGAAGGAAAGCAGUCUGUGGGAAGUGGUCCGUCCUUGGUGGUCGGCACCCAGGGCUCCACGGCGAAGUCGGUCGAAACCCUCCGGGAGGAGCCCUCAACCACGCACAAGCGGGACCCACCGCUAGCGACCAGCAGCCAGCAAUCAGAAGGUAACAUAACGGACGGAAGAGCGGAACCCAGACAACAGGAGGGGGUUGGUGGAGAAAGGAAUGACAACAGCAAAGUCAAGGUACAAAAGAAAAAAAUGCACGGAAAUAUAACGGGACCGCCUGAUUUCGGGAGCUCAAAUCUGUGGAACCAUUUUUCUCCCUUGCUCUUGCUCUCCUGAGGGCAGUGACGUGUGUGGGUUUGCGUGUGUGGGGGUACACACACAGGGCAGAUAGCACUCCACCAAAUUACCUGGGCCCUGGGUUCAGUGACUAUUAUUGGCUAUUAUUGACCAUUUCCUGAAGCUUUAUAGUCCAAAGCUGAUUAAGUGCUGGGUUGCAUCUUGAAGACAUUUGACUGUGUGUCAUCGGUGAGACCACAUUUUGAGUAGUAUGUGCUGUUUUGGUCACCCUACCGUCCAAGAGACAUUGAAAGUUGGAGUGGGUUCAGAGAGAAAAAGAUUUGUG